UCAAGAUGGACGCUGCAGCCUCGAUAGGUUUCUGUUUCUUUUUCGACUAUACAUGCGCCAAUCAUCCCUAUAUGGAAACAAGUGGACACUGAGACGCUUCCAUUAUUAAACGGACCUAUCACCCGUGAAACGAUCAAACUGGGAUAAAGUGGAUGUCUUUUUUGCUCCUACGUGUUUGGACCAUGGAUCAGACUCUCGGUUAUUUUGUAACUUCCUGGUUUGGUUGUCGCAUUUAGUAUGUCUAUUCGACUGCGGCCAAAGCUCAAGUGACGGUACAAAAAAGAAAAAAGUUUAUAGGAAAGCGAAUAUGUGAGGCGUUGUAAUCCUGUAGUAAUGUUUAAAACCAGAGACAACUGUUUUCAACGAAGGGCAAAAGGAGAACGACCGAUUUCAUAAGUGUUUCAGCAAUGGAAAGUGGGACCGAUGGUGCCUCGACUAAAGGUGUUUUUAUACCUGUGCCAGAAAGCUGUGACGACUUUAAAAACAACAUUUUGGCUCCUCUUCAAAGUGCGUACUUGUAUGAAGAGUCAAAGCAGUCUUUCAGAUACAAGUCCGCUGUCCUGAUUAGAAAUUCUGCACUGGAAGAAAAGUAUAAUGCCUUCCGAGAAAAGAGAAGAGAAAUAGGAUAUUCAGAAGAGGAUCUGGAAGAAACCUAUGGGUUUUUACUGUUUGAUGAUGUCAACAAGGCUAAUGCACUUGGAGAAACUAGUGUGCUCACUGGAAACAGCUCUUGUACAACUUUGGGAGACCCCUUAAAAGGUGUGUACAUAUCCAUGUACUCUGACUGUUUGGACCUGAAUCGCUGGUAUCAUGGGAAAUCAGGGUACAUUGCCAUCAUCAGGCUGACAAAGGGGAGAGUUAACAAGGUUUUGGAGAACUACACACAGAAUUUAACUGCACCCACUGCAGGUUUUGACUGUCACGUGUCUGAACAGUUGCCUUCAGUUUCUGCCAAAACCAGUUCCUUUCUGGCAUUUGAGAGGACCCAGUAUUACCUGUAUGAGCUGCUAGAUGAUGGAAGCAAUGAAACAGCCCAAUCUCCCAGCCUUGCCUGUCCUUUUGCUAUUGUGGCAUUUUCAUAUACAGACACCAAAACAACACAUGUAGCACCACAGGAGAAAAGUGUGGAGAAAAAACUGGUUUCUCAUUACAUGCCAUGGGGAGGUCAACUUCAAAUAGGCACCCAGUUGUAUGAUGUUAGGCUGAAGUCUCCAGUAGGGGCCAUCAUCCCUGCAAAACUGCCACCAGUGGUGAAAGUUGACAGAGCCAUUUCCAUGUUAGAUCUUCGACAGCUCUUGCCAAGGGCUGUCUUUGAAACCUGCUUCUCUGGUGAAGUCUUUCUGGAUAGCUUAUACUGCAUCCUGUGUGAGUUGGUUUCUUCUGUGGCAGAGGGAACAAGCUCACUAUCUGUCCUUCUUCAGCAGAUAAAGGAAAAAGAUCUGGCUCUCACUUUUCCACUGAAUGAUGGGGGAUUUCUCAUCCUCUUGCACUCAACCCACUUUCUCACCUAUGAUGAUACUGGUUCCAGUGCCGCUGAUGUACUGCAAGGCUUGUUUGUGUUUCCAGACUCACGAGUUAUACAGAGAGAUACAAAAUUAGGACAGAAAAAGCCUUUCAUGUCAUCUGAAAUUCUUCGGGUUCUACCAGUACUAAGUUAUGCAGAGGGUGAAGUUGAGAAAACGCCUAUUGACCCAAGUGAAGAUCUGUGUGACGUGUUGGUUCAGCAUAUGCAGAGUUAUGCUGCACUGAUAAAUCCUGGGUUGGCAUCAAGUCCCUCUAGGGAAGCGAGCAUCUUCCCAGAUCAGUAUGAUGUACCUGAUGCCCAUAAACACCUCUACACAUCGCCAGAGUGGACCAACAGGGCAUGGCAGAGCAUCAGGUUAUACCUGAGCAAACCAAUUUCUUUUCAACUGCCAGUGUCGAAGGCCUCCGAAAUCCUGGCAGCUGGACAAGAGGAGCGAAGAGAAGACCUUGAUGAUGAUGUCUACAUCUGUCUGUCAUCACCUGAGGAGGCACCAGCCUGUCCUGUUAGCAUAGGGUCAGAAGAUCAGUUGGCAGGCCAGAUAUCUCCAGCAAAUAUUGAGACAAAUGUGGACAGUUGUAUAACAAGUGCUGAAGCACAGGUUAACUUAACAGUCUCUCAAAAUGUUGUACCAAAUGAUUUGCAAGCUGGAGAUGCAACCAAAGACACUGAAAAAUCUGACCUGACUGAGCUUAUCAAAACUGAUGAUAUGGGGGCAAAGACUUGCCUACCUCCCCCUACAGCAGAUGACCUACGAGCAGAGCUGAUUGUCAGUAUUACUUCAGCAGAGCGAACUGUCACUGAUGAGAGUCUGACUGUGAUCAGUACUGUGUCAGCAACAAAGCAUAAUGACUUUCAGCUUCCUGGUUUUUCAACAGCCAAAUUACAAACGGCAGGAGUGAACUCUCUGAAUGAUGACACUGUCAUAACCAAAAGGGUUCUGGGUUGCCCUGAGGUCCCUAUUCCCACUAAAACGCGACAGAGGAAAGUACGCAGGGGACGUUACAAAGCUCGAAAAAAGGCAUCUAAAGAACUUGUUGAGACUCUCAGUUUGCAAACUUUGAAAAUACCAAUGGAGGAUAAUAACUUUAAGAGUCAGAGGGAUGACAAGGCCACGGAACCAUUAGCCCAAUCACAGUUGAACAAACCUCCAGUUAUUGAUUGGAGAAAACGACCAAGAAAUAAGCGCAAGUAUAGACUAUCAUCAACAAGUAGAAUAUUGCGAUCUGCUACUGUUAGUUUAGCCGUAGCAGAGGAGAAAAAGACUGAAUCAGGAAAGGAGACAUUUGAAAACACAAUUUCAAUGGAACUGGACACUUGUUCACUGAGAAAGAAAACUGAACGAUGGGACUUAAAGCCAGUAAUCAGCAAAUGUGGAAGAAUCCUGGUUCCUCAUGGCACUGUAGACUUUGCAGAUCAGAUUAAGUCUUUAAAGGAUAAAUUUCAAUCUACAAAAGCUGCACAGAUCCAGGAGGAAAUGUUGGUUGAUGUCCUGGCCAACACUCAUGGAGCAGUGGAGAUGGAACAAAAGUCAAGCGCUGCUCCAGAAACAGCAGAGGACAAGGAAGAAGUGACAGAAUCCAAGGAUGGAAGGAACAAUAUUCAAAAUGUUGUGGACAGUCAGGUUAAUCCUGAACACAGCAUUUUGAGACAAUUAGAUGCUGGCAAUGGUUCAUUGACUUUGAAUUCAGAGAGUUCUGAGCAAUCUUCAGAGAAGGAUAGCAUACAAACUCCUCCCUCGAAAGCAGUUAAAAAAAAACCUACUGAUAGCAUCACCCAUACAAAGGGUGAAUUUCUGUUGAGGAAACUGAAAUCUGUACUUUCAAGGGGAAAGAGAAAAACUGAUCUUCUUAUUUCAAAUAAAACUGCAGAUACCGCACAAGAAACUGAGCCUUGUCUUAAGAAGAGCAAAGGUGACUCAGACACUGAGACAUUGAGGAGUAUGGAUGCAAUAACAGGUGUCCAGAAAACCAAUGUAGGAGUCAAGGAAGUUUCAAAGAUGCUGUCAGUUGACCCUCUUUUUGCAUUUGCCUUAGGCCUGACACCUAAAGAGACACCAGAUAUGGUAAAGAAAACUGAGGGUCAGGACACUCAACUAAAGAAAGACACAUCAGAGACACAUGAACAAACCAUUUCAGAAAAACAACCUCAAAUCCUACAAAGGCCUCCAUCAAUUUUCCCAAGGAGGGGCAGGAUUAAAACACUCAAAAAGCACCAAGACAUCCCUGCAGAAUAUAUUAAAAAGAAAUGGUGGUUGCAUUUUCAAACCCCAGCUUGUUAUGCAAGUGAAAAACUCAAAAACAAAGAGUGUACUAGGGAUAAUUCUGUCAGGAAGACUGUUAAGGAAAAAAUGCAGACUGCUUGCUCAUCUACAGAUGCUUUGAACUUACUUGCUGACUUGGCACUUGGUGCGAGUAAUGACCAGGUUCCACCACAACCAAACCCAGAACUUGAGAGAAAACCUGAGUCAAGUUUGAAGAAGUGUGCUCUUACAAAAGAUGUUACCAGUGCUGAGCAAGAGUCAGUUCUUCAUGCACUACUUAGAAAGUCUACUGCUAGACCCAUUCAUCCUCUUGAGUCUCCUUCUCCAAACCAUCUUGUGGGAGGCAGUGAGUUGGUUGAUUUGGUGUCUAAAGAACAUGCUUACUCAUUGCCCCCGUCUUCCUCUCUACUGUUGGGUUUACCAGGUACACCCUUCCAGGUAUCCCCUAUAAGUGGUUCUACUAGACUGCUGCACCGUCACCAGACAAAGUAUGGCAUUGGAAUUCAAACACUACAUCCCUCUGUUGGUCGGGAAGACAGAGGUAACAGGACUCCCAAAUCCCUGAAAAAACACAUGGUGUUCAGGACAAAGUUCAGAAACUCCCGUAUCUUUGAUAACAAGGAUGGAUCUCUCCAAAUCACAAGGCAAUGGAAAGAAAACUAUGACUUCAAUCUAGACAGCAAGUUUUCAACUGACUUAAAGGAGAAGGCUAUCGUCCGAGCGUUGCAUGGCCCGUGGGAUUUCUCCAUUCAAGAACCCAUUGAAGAGUUUCGCCUCAUCAUCCACAUGUGGAUAGGUCUUUUUUAUAGCCGGUCAACAGCUAGGCUCUUUCACCUUGAGUCGAACUUUACAUAUCCAUGUUCAGCAGAGAGUGAUCCUUUGGUAACAUCCAGUGGAACUGUAUCAGCUCCAGCUCAGUCUGACCUCAACGGCAAUUCAUUUGAUCCAUUAGGGAGUUUACCGAACACCUCAGACCUUCCUGUUGAAGAUGCUUUGGACCUCAGUAAAAAAGAUACCUCUGUCAUGGACCAAGAAUCUCAGAUUUUGGACUUGUCACUGAGAAACUCCAAAGCAGGGAUUGUCAUUUCAGAUUUACAAGUCAACAGAAAAGAGACUUCUGUGCCCAGGGAACAGAAAGAAGCAACUGAGACAUUGAACUUACUCAAGUCAUCAGUCAGACUACAUGAGUGUCACAGAAAUGUAGUAGAGAUCAUCAAUGUGGUGAAUGAUGUUGGAAGCAUCUAUGAAAGUAAGACGACUUGUAUUCCUUUGGAAAACAUUGGCUUCCUGGAGCACAUCAAUCUACCAUCUGUUAAAGGGGAUGGAACAGUAAUUCCUGUACAAGAAGAGAUAUCUGUUCAGCCAGAGGAUCAUGGGACUACUUCAGGAAUUGGCCAAAUGCGACAUGGAUCCAACAAUGAGAAGACUGAAAGAAAAGAUGGCAUGGCGAAAUCAGAAGCUACAGAGAAAAGGUUGAUGCAAAGACAUGGAAUGGAUUCAUCCAAAUCCAUGGCAGACAAACAGGUGGACCCCAACAAAGAAGCAGGUGAUACGGCUUAUACAGUGGAGCAUAAUGUAACAAAAUCCAAAGAUGGGGAAAACUGGGAGGUGAAAGAAAACCCAUACGAAGAAGGCCACAUACAACCUUCCCCAGAGAUGUGUACAGGUGAUGAUUCAACAAACAAAGAGUCAGGUAUAGUCUGGGAUGGAAAUCUUUUGGAAGAUGAGAAGCAGUUAGCUACAGAGGGACCUAAGGCAGUCUCACCAGGCCAGGCUGAAAAGGCUAAUGAAGAUCAGUAUUGUUGUAUAGGACAUGAAGAUAAAGUGAUUGAAGAUGAAAAUAACUUUGAAAAAGAAAGUGGACUGGAUGAGAAAGACAGUUGCAUUUCAGAUAUGGCGGAUGGCAGGGAUUUGAAUGACCAAUUAUUACCUAUGAUAUGUGACAGCCCUGAUUCAGUAAAGGGGGAUUGCGUUACAAAAUGUAAUCACCAACAACCACUGGAUGAGCAACCACCACAAGCAGACAGUAGAAAAGAUGUCUGCCAUGACUUGGAUUUGAGGAAGCCGUGUGCAAAUGGUAGUGCAUUGACAGAUGAACAAGCCCUACAGGUUAAAACUCCUGACACUACCUCAGGGAUGGAUGCUAUUCACAAUGAACUUGCAGUUGGGUCAGAUUCUGACUGUUUUGUAGACAAGGCACAUUUGAAGAAGGCAGCAUUAACCAUGUCUGAUGAAAGCACCUAUUCAUUAAAAGGAUAUUAUGCAGAUGGGUCUAUUCCCCAGACAAAGGACAAUGUUGAAACAGGAAGGAAAAACAACUUGGAAGUGAGACAAACCCUGUACCAAGAAGGCAAUCUAGAACCUUUCCCAAAGGUGAUGCAUACAGGUGAUGAUCUAACAAACAAAGAAUUGGGUACGGCCUGCAAUGGAAAUAUUUUGGAAGAUGAGAGGCAGUUAGCUACAGAGGAACCUAAAGCAGUCUCACCAGGCCAAGCUAGAAAUGGCAAUGAAGAUGAGGAUUGUUGUAUAGGACAUGAAGAUAAAGCAAUUGAAGAUGAAAAUUGCUUUGACAAGGAAAAUGGACUGGAUGAAAAAGACAGUUGCAUUUUAGCUAAGGAGGAGGGCAGGGAUUUGAGUGUCCAGCUAGUACCUAUGAUGUGUGAAAGCCCUGAUUCAGUAAAAGAAGAUUGCCUAACAAGGUGUAAUCACCAAGAACCACUGGAUGAGCGACAAAAUCAAGCAGACAGCACCACAGAUGUCUGCCAUGACUUGGAGUUGAGGGAGCUGUCUGCAAAUGGGAAUGCAUUGACAGAAAAAAAUGCCAUAUCGGACAAAGCUCCUGAUAUUCUGUCUGGCAUGGUUCCUUGUCAUAAUGAACCUGCAGUUGAAGUAAAUUCAGAAACAUAUAUUUGUUUGAUUGACAAGGUACAUUUCAAGAAGGCAGCUUUAGCCAUGUCUGAUGAGAGCACCUGUUCAUUAGAAGAGUCUUGUGCACGUGGGUCUGUUCCCCAGACAAAGGACAAUGUUGAAACUGGAAGCCAAAACAAAGUACGUUUUCGUCCAAGUUGUAAUGUUCAUGAAAAUCAGGAUACCAAAUCAAUUGAGGCAGAGGGAAACGCUGAUAACACAACUCAGAAAGAACCAUUCCAUCAACAGUCUCCUUUACCUCACUGUGAGGUUAAGCGUGAAGCUGAAGUGACAUUGACUGAAGAAACAGUUUGGAAUAGAGACAAAACAAAUGAUGGGUUGGAGAAGAUCCAUAGUGCGGUUGUAAUCCCAUUUAUUGGGAUGGACACUUCAGGAGAAGAUACUAAACAACCACGUGUCUUACCUUCUCAAGGCAAGGUUGAAGAAGUUGCUGAAGGCCAGAAAGAAAUACCAUUUAUCAGUGAUACUACCUUCCCUAACGCCAUUCUACCCAUACAGGAAUACAGCACUUCUCAAAUGUACAGGAAAGAGGCGGAACUGUCAGCUCGCAAAACCUCUCUUCUAGAUGUAAGGGAAACCAAUCAGCCAGUAGUUUUGGGAAGUGAGUCUGAUGACAGAUGUCCUACUCCAACCAUGGAUGAGAAACCAUAUAAGUACAUACCUAGUUCAGGCACUAGUAGUACUUCUGCUUUUAGUGAUGGUGAAACCUGCAAAAACGUAACUCAGAAAUAUCGUAGCAGAAGUUCAACACCUAUAAAGGAUGAAGUGCCUCUUGAGCAAAAACAUUGCCACACGUCUACACUAAAUAGUGACCACAACCCUCCUUGUGGCCUUCAUCCUGAUCUUGAACUAAGAACUCUUAGAGUUCUACAGAGUAUUGACAAGUUUUUCUCCAAAGCAAGUCACACUGACAAAUCCAGCCAAAAUGAAACAGCUGUCAUGAAACACUCUCUUGAUCAAACCCCUAAUCCCAGUAGCAAGUACACCCCCACUUGCUUAGCCCUAGGCAACACUGCAGCUGAAGUUACAGACAAGACAAUAAACAAUACAAAGCCAGUGGUGGUGGCAGCCUGUACCUCACAAGAACUGAGUACAGAAUCAUCAGACCACUCACUUAUAUCACCUUUCAAAAGUAAAUUAGAGGAAGUACUUGGUGUUAAGUUGCAGCUAAAGAAAACAGACUCAACAGUUCAUCAACAAUACUUUGAAAAAAUAGGUAAAUCGCAGGAAACCUCUGUCAGACAAGACUAUUGUCAUCCCUACAGAUCCCUUUCAUCUACUGAGUCUUUGCAAACCACUAAACCAAAUAUUGACCAACACAGACAUAUAACAACAUCACAGACCCAAUUAACUUAUGAACCCCGUUCAUACAGUCAGCGUCCUAUCAUGGCUGUGAAACCAUCAAAGAGUGAUGAAAGUCAAGCAGAAUGCAUCUGUAUUGAAGAACAAAUCAAAAACGCCUCAAAAAAUAAAAAGGCUAAAAUACCUGUAGUCACAUACAUAACAUCCACUCCCAUGCUCUCAGAGAGAAAGACAGAAGAUUUCAAGGGAUAUCUUAAAAGACUAAAUUAUGAUAAUUGGGAGGCCAGUGAGCUUCCUUCCAAGAGAAGUUGGUUAUCAAAUGUGAAUAACAGUAAAUCUAACGAUAAAGAUAGAGCAAAAUUUGCUCUUGAAGAUCUUUCAUGUCAGUACCAAGGAACAGGCAUUUCAAAGUUAAACAUUUCUUCAUCUACCUCCAUACAGUCUUUUGAAUCUGCAAAUAGUUCCUCUAAACUUGAUGAUGGAAACCAACGUUUGCUGACAUACAGUUCAGUUGAGAAAGUCAGACAAACAACUAAAGAGAACAUCAAGAUGGAUCAGAUAAACUGCUCAGGCGCAUUGGCUUUAUUGGUGGAUUACAAUGAUGAUAGCGAAACAGAUGAGAGUCUUGUUCUGGGACCUCAAAGCUCACUUGCAUGUACAAUCUACAACAAAAGCCAGGAAAGUUCUAACUCUUUUUUGGAGAAACUUUCUCAAAGGUGCCUACAGGAUGACCCAACUCAGGCAUCAUUGGAACAGGAGUGCCUUAUCUUCUCAGAACAAAUGAAACAACUUUUGAAAAGGAGUGAAGGGGGACCCCCCUGCCAACAAGAUACACAUAACAAAUUAAAGUUUCCUUGCGUCACUCCCAUGUCUGUACACUUUUCCAAUCUGGAGGAGCAGGAGGAAUUUCUGGAUCACUUGGUUGCACCGUCACUUGUUGGACUAAAAAUCAUGGUCGACAUGUCUGACAGGAAAUCCUUGGCAGACACCACAGAGGAAGAAAAGACUUUGCAUCCUGAAAGAAUGUCUAAAGCAACUGGCAAUGAAUUGGAAUAUGCUGGGGUUGCUGAUGUGACUGCAGAAUGCACCACACUUUAUGAGGAAAUGAUGAAUAAUGUUUGUGCUGGCACAAAGGUCCUAUCUAAAGCCAAGACCUCCCAAAUGGGUAGAAUUUACCCAAAGACUGAACCAAGUGACCCUUUUGACUUCUGUGGUCAAAUGAAGAGAAAACUGGAUGAGAGUUUUCGGAAUAACCUGAAUUCGGUUGUAAAGAAAUCCUGCAGAACAAAGUACAGAUUCUACAUAUUAGUGACAUCAGGUGAUGCCUUCUUUGAGGAAACCAAGGCACAGUUAGAGGCAGAGGGCCAUACUGCUGUACAGCCAUCCCAGUUCUUCCUUGGUGAGGAUAGUUCUUCAUCUCUUCUCAUCAUCCUCAGGAAUGAAGACAUUGCAGAGCACAUUUGUGAGGUUCCACAUUUGCUGGAGCUAAAGAAGUCACCAGGUGUGCAGUUUGCAGGAAUUGAUGAACCAGAUGAUGUUGUGAAUCUCACCCACCAGGAACUCUUCAUGAGGGGUGGUUUUAUAAUGCUUGACAAAGCCGCACUGGAGCCCCUCAGCCUUUGCAACAUGAAAAAAAUGUCAGAAAUCUUGCAAGAGCUUAGCAGAACGGGGAAGUGGAAAUGGAUGUUGCACUACAGAGACAGUCGUCGUCUGAAAGAAAAUGCAAGGUUGAGUGCAGAGGCAAAAGAGAAGAAGCACUUCCUAAACUGGUGCCAAGAAACUGGACUUGUGGAGGUCUUGCCUUACCACGAGUGCGAUCUUGUGACAAGAGAUAAACCCGACUAUUUCUCCUGUCUGGUCCGCUUGCAGGUCCAAAAUGUAUCAGCCCGAUACCCUGUUUUUGUAACUGAUAUGACAACGGACGCUGCAUUUGGGAAAAAUGGAAUUUUAACACUGACUGUCAACUCUUUCCUGACAAAUUCUCCAAGUGAAACAUUUACAGUCUGACCUGGAAAAAGUCAGAUGGAUGAACCCAAGUUGUGCUGAUCUAAGCACAGGUUUUGUAACAGUCAUUUCAAGGGGUCAUCGAACUUACUACACGUACCAGCUCGCUUUUUUGUAUGCAGCAGUAAAUAUGCCUUAGUUGUUUUUUUAUGUUAAUGUUGUUCAUUUGUAAAAUAAUUUAUCUUAUAUUGUAUUUUUAAUGUGAUUACAAAUUAUAUAUAUUUUGUUCUUGACUUUAUACAUGCAGCACAAUCAUUACAAUUGUUUAAUGACAAGGCUUUCUUUUUUUGAGAGACAGCUGAAAGAUUUAAUUUUUUUUAGGUGAAAACAGUCUAGGCAGUUUGUGUGUUAGAUAUUAAAAUUAUUAGGGGUUCAAAACAAAAUGUGUGUUUGUUUGUUGUUGUUGCUUUUUGUAAUUGUUUUUGUCAAAACGAGUAGUUCUCGAUCUGCAUUGUGGGAUUUACAGAGUUGGCUUGAGCAUUAAAUUCAAUACUCCAAUAACACAUAAAUCAAAGCCUUGCUUUUGAGAGUGCUGGGCAGCAUUCACGCAGUGUUAAUGUUAGAAAAUAUACUUUAUUUGUGAAUGUGUUUAAAGUUGCUGCUAAGUCUGCUUUAAAGUUAGUCUCUAGGCAAUAAAAAGGUAACAUUAAAUGACCAUAGCUUAGAUAAGAUAUAAAAAGAUGAAAGGUCACAUACCUACUACAAGAAAGUUAACUCAGGGACAGUACAAAUACCAAUGAGCUUCAGAGUCGAGAGUUUAUUUUACACAGACGAGUGGAAUAUGGUGUGUGAAGGUGGAGAGAAAACCCCUUAUUGGUACAUAGAGGCAUGUUAAUAACUGUAUUUAUCUUCAAAUAUCAACAAAGGUGGUUGUAGGUAAAGUGAC